AUGAUUACAGCGGCUAAUACACACCGAAGAGCAGAAGCAACACGGUACACGGGAUACGUCGUCGUCCACCUGAGCUGUGCGAACUUCUCCAGCCGAACACAAAACGGCCGAGAGGCAAUUCGCUAUCAGAGACGAAAUCGCAAUGUCCCGCGCAAACCAGACCUGGUAUCGCGCAACCCGGAAAGAAAAGUCAGAAUGAACGCAAGAAUGAAUGCAAAAGAUAAAGGAUAUAAAGAGAAAGAAAAAGAGAAACUAUACUACGACUACGCCUAUAACUACAGUUACGACUACGACUAG